CUUUUGCCGGUUUCGUUUCAGUUUGAGAAGGAAAAAGAGCGAGUGGGGAACGAGCGAGAGGUAGCGAAGGAAACGCAGGCCAAAGAGAGAGAAAAAGAAACCCUAACCCUUGUCGCAAUCCUAAUCUCAACACUAUGUCAGAAGAAGCUGGAAAGCACCCCUCCAUCACGGAGAGAAUCACCGAGAAGGUCCAUGAAUACAGAGGGUCCUCAUCCUCUUCAGAUUCUGAUAAUAAGAAGCCCUCCUCUCACAGUACCAGGAAGAAAAGAUUGUUCGGAAGGAAGGAACCGGUGCACACCGUUCUUGGUGGGGGAAAGUCUGCUGAUAUUAUAUUAUGGAGAAACAAGCAAAUGUCAGGCGGCAUACUUGCUGGUGUGACCAUUAUUUGGCUUCUCUUUGAAUGGAUGGGUUAUCACCUACUGACAUUUAUUUGUCACUCUCUAAUAUUUUUACUUGCAGUAUCAUUUAUUUGGUCUAAUGCAGCUUCUUUGGUCAACAGGUCCCCUCCAAAAUUUCCUGAGGCUAUCUUGCCUGAGGACAUGUUUCUGAACAUAGCUCAAGCAGUAAGAUAUCAUAUUAAUGGAGCUUUUGCAACUUUCAGAUAUGUUGCUUCAGGAAAAGAAUUGAAGCAAUUCUUGAUGGUGAUUGCAGGCUUGUGGGUUGUUUCUGUAAUUGGCAACUGGUUUAGUUUCUUAACACUUUCCUAUAUGGCUCUCUAUGAGAAAUAUGAGGAUCAAGCGGACAACAUUGCAGAGAAGGCAACCGUUGAAAUUAACAAGCAUUAUGCUGUGCUUGAUGAAAAAAUACUCCAAAAGAUUCCUCGGGGCCCAUUUGCCAAUAAGAAGAAGCUUUGAGAAGAAUUAGUACCCCUUUGGUUUACUCUCCUACAAUCUACUGCAGCUUUUCCUUCAUCUGCUGCUGGUUUUUGAUGAAAUUUUUGGUUAGAACAUGGGGAAAGAAACGAAUGUCUUUGAAAAUCUCCCUCGCUGGUGGAUGCUUAUUGUGAAGCAGGUACAGAGAUGCUCUUCUAUUAUUUUUUGCAUUGUUGACUUCUUAUGAUGUGAGCCUUGAUCUAAUACUGUUAUUUUCCAAGGUUUAUUGAACAAUAUGAAGAGUUUAUGCGGACACUUCACGA